AUGUCUUCCACCACCGAGCCUACUACUGAAUCUCAAUCCAGACGUGGAUCUUAUGCUGCAAUUGAGUUCACGCCAGAUGUGAAACAACAGUGUUUGAAGCAAGUUGAGUUUUACUUCUCAGAGUUUAAUUUGCCAUAUGACAAGUUUCUACGGAUGACUGUUGAGAAAAAUGAUGGUUGGGUUCCAAUCACGACAAUCGCCACCUUCAAUAGAAUGAAGAAAUUUAGACCCGUGGAUAAAGUUGUUGAAGCACUACGUGAAUCAAAAAUCUUGACGGUGAGCGAAGAUGGUGAGAAUAUCAGAAGAAAUGAACCCUUGGAUUUCGAAGGCGCUAAAAAUGCCAGAUUGGAACAAAACAAACGUACAUUGGCUGUGAUGAACUUCCCACACGAGAAUGUUGAAGAUAUGACCGCAUUGCAAGAGAAAUUGGAAGAAUUCUUUGGCAAAUUUUUUGAGAUCAACCAAGUGCGUUUGAGAAGAGAUCAUACUAAGAAAUUCAAUGGUACCGCUAUCGUUCAGUUCAAGAACUUGGGCGAUGCUGAAGAGUUUUUAAAAACUUACAGUGGUGAAGAUGCCGAGAGUUUGUCGUAUGAAGGCCGUAAAUUGGAAGUAUUCUCCAAGAAACAAUUUGAUUUGCAAAGAGAAGCUACCAGGUCAAAGAACUUCAGUGGUUCCGGUCAAAAGGCCAGAUCUUUUACCGGUCACAGGAAGAACAUGCCAAAAUCCCGUCGUUCGAACAAGAAGGAAGAGAACAAAUCUGAGACCAAAUCUGAGAACGAAUCAAAGGAGGAAUCCGCCCCUGCUGAUAAUUGA